AUGCAAGGACCAGUUGUAACCAAAACAUCUAAGUUUGGUACUGUUGAAAAAUACUGCGAAUACGACGAUCUCAAAAUUUUUAUUGGUUCUUCUUUUAAAUUAGCUGCACCAAAAUGCAUGGACUGUAGAUGUGAAAAACAGGGUUUGCAGUGUUGUGGUUUUGGUUUUGCAGCAGCUAAACUAGUACCAACUGAAGAAUGCGUGGCUCUUAAUGAUGGAUGCAACGUGGUCUUUGUUAAAAAGACGAAUGAAUCUGAAUUGUGCCUUUCAACACACCUGGACAAUAAAGGAAAGAAGAAUAAGACAUAUACGAAAGUUUUCCAUUGA